AUGUGCCUUUUAAAAAAACGGCGAGGUAGACCACCAAUAACGGUCGCAAGUAAAAUUCGUUCGAUUUUUUCACUGUCUCCCAUAGAACAAACUUAUUUUCGAGAUUUCUCAGAUACUUUUAUUCCACAAAAAAAUUUUCCCGACAUUUGGGCUUCACGAGGUACUAACGACGAAAACGGUGUGAAAAACACCGCUCCAAGCUUAAUCAAAACUGCGGAUCAAGUUAAUGAAACGACUGUACCGCUUCGUUUAAAGUUGGUCGUACGUGAUGGGACUGAGGAUAAAUCCAAUAUGGUUUCAGUGAAGCCACCAAGGAAAAAGAAGCCUAUUCCGAUGGAUCACAAAGAAGAGUCAAACCUCCUAUUAAAGUUAGAAAAUAUUGAGAGUCCUAUGUCACCUAAAGCAUGUAGAUUAAAAAGAAAAUUACAUCUCAGAAGGUUAAAGCGAAGAUUAGGUUUAAAAAUAUUUGACAUUGACGCAGCUGUUUCUGAUCAAAUGAGAUCCACGUCUGCAUUAGAAUUGAUGACAACAGUAGAGGAAGACCUUCAUGAAUUAAAGAAAAAUGAAGUUAAAAAUUUUGAAGUUAAUAAAAC